AUGUUGUAUCUCAGCCUCCCCGAUGAUCAAUCAAACAGCUAUAAAAUUCACCAAGAGUUCAGGAUUGCUUCUGAAGUAGUACCUGGUGAAACUACGAAAGAUGUUACCCUGGUGGCACAUUGUACUGUCAAUAAGUUACACCUUCUGCUGCCUCUUGCCGAAAGAUGGAACGGACCAAUGUCUAUCGUUGUUUUUGCUCCUGGAAAUGACGCUAGGAUGACCAGAUUCGCUAUUGAUGGCUUACGUCAAUGCAGCACAUAUAUUCGUGACUAUGCAACAUUUCAUCUUGUGUACCCAACAGCUCUAUUACCACCUUUUGACGGAGGGACUGGCGAACUAUUCACCGAGAGAGAAAUGGAAUAUGCAAACUUUUGCCCCGAAGUUAUACCGAAUCGAAUUAAAGCGUUAUCGUCCCAUAGUAGUUAUGACGAUGGCUAUGUAAGAGCAACAAGAUAUAUUCCCUAUCCAAGUAAUUUAUUGCGAAAUAUUGGCAGAGAUUUUGCCAAAUCUACCUACGUAUUUGUUAUUGAUAUUGACAUGGUUCCUAACAAAGGACUAUAUCAUGAGCUCAUCAACUUUUUGGAAGAAAAGAAGUUAUUUGAUAGCAUUGAAAAGAACGCUUAUGUCGUUCCCGCAUUUGAAAUAAACGAAAAGCGCGAUAUACCUAAAAACAAAGCAGCUUUACGAGAAGCUGCAGCUAGACCGUUUUAUCACGAAGUGUGCGAGAAAUGUCAAAGACCAUUGAAUUAUGAUCGAUGGUGGAAAGCGAAUAGUAACAAGGGUGUCCUUGGUCCUGCAUAUACCUUAAACUGGAAAGAUCCAUGGGAGCCGUUUUACAUUAUUGAUUCGAAAUCCCCUUCUUUUGAUGAACGCUUCAAGCAGUACGGAUUUAACAGAAUCAGCCAGGCUUGCGAACUGCACCUUGCUGGUUACAAUUAUGUAAUAUUGAAUAAUGCGUUUGUUGUCCAUCAAGGACUGAAAACACCACAUAGUUUUCAUAGCAACAAAGAUUCACAAAAUGCCCGCAAUCGAGAUUUAUUCCGGAAAUUUAAGAAAGAAUUAAAAGAAAAAUAUCCCACCACGGAUAGACACUGCUGA